ACAAUGGCAAAGAUUCGUUUGUCGAACGUGCAACGCGCGCGAUCAAAACUAACCAAGCUGCCUAGCUUGGAGAUAUACAAAACUUAAAUCGAAAGCAGCAAUGCGCCAUGCUGUUGUAAUCCGAUUUGCGAGCAGUUUUUGAAGCCAAGGCAGGCGAAUUACAAAAGAGGAAACACAUCCAAAGUGACUGUGAAAGUAAUACAACAACAACAACACCAACAGCAACAACAACAACAACAAUCGAACGAACGAGCAACGAACUGAAGAAAGAUAUUCAAUUACUAGUCUCCGUUGUCUUUUGCAUCCCAUUCAACACAUCACAAUGAGAAUUCAAAUAUUGGCCUUAACACUUUUGCUGGGCCACCUCGGUGUUCAAGCGCUGGAAGCCAAAGCCAAGAGCGAAAGCGAGAGCAGCGACAGCAGCGUUGCCGCCUCCGCUUCCGCCUCCGUCUCUGGAUCGGAGGGAACGAAAGACAAGCGACAGGUGGGCAGCAAGGAGACAUCGCUGUAUCCCAAUCAUAGGAGCAGCGAGGCAGCAGCUCCAUUGGAACGCUCUGAUGAUCCCGAGGAUGGACAGGAGACGAUCUAUGGCACGAAACCGAAUCAAUUCAUCAUACGCCCCAUUGCACCGCAUCAGCAUGCGCAGCAUGAAUCGCAUCAGGAGCCGCAACUGCGCAACUUUGCCGCAGCCAAUUCGCGUCCACAUGCCGCACAAUUGCUGGAGCAAAGUCAGGAGUUGCAACACUAUGUUUAUCUGCAAGAUAUACAGCGGCAUCAGCCCAAGGCUUUGACAGCAGCCAGCAGCAGCAGCCAAGGCAAAGCAGCAGCCGUCAAUCGCGAAGCACAGACAAAGAAAUCGACACCCGUGGCGGAGGAGGAGCAGGAACAGGAGGCCGAGCAACGCUACGCUGUGACCAUUCAGCAACCACAGCCACAGCAGCUUGGACUACGCGGUGGUCCCUAUGCGCCUUAUCAGCUGCCACUGCCAUUGUCUGCGCCACAGCAUCAACAUCAACAUCAGCAACAGUCGCAACCACCUCCAAAUGCACAGCAGCAACCACAAGCAGCGGCUCAGCAACCUUAUCAAAUCAUACCCGAGGAACAGUUUCUGAAGCUGCUCGAAGAGGAGUUGCAAGUGCGCGCCUAUCACGAGCAGCUGCGUCAACAGCAACAGCAGCAGCAACCACAGCAACAGCACCAACCAUCGCCACGCGGACAACCUCAACCUUUGGCCAAACCUAUUGCCAUACACAGCACAGCAGCCACGCACAAAGUUCUGCAACAGGCGGAUCCUUCCUUGGGUCUAGGUGGCUACAGGGAACGCGAACGUUAUGUGGCCGAGCAGCAGCUGGUGCAGCCAACUUACUCCAGAGGUGGACCCAAGUAUUUGCCACACACGCAGCAGCAACCACAGCAACAAGAAGAGGAUGAAGCACCUGCUCUCGCUCCUCAACAUCAGCGUCAACUCAUCGCUGGCUUGCCACCGCAGAUUGCUUAUUAUCAGCCGCAGAUUAGCUACAAGACGUUGCCCAAUCAUCCGCUGGCCAAAUCCUCGCUCGAGAGUGAAAUCGAAAAGCUACUGGCUGCCAAUAAACCUGGACCCGGACAAACCUUGAGCUACGUGGACAGCAGCAAUGAACCGACGCUGGUCAAUCAUCAGCAUCAGCAUGUGACACGUCUGCCACCGUCACCGCCACAGCAUCCAGCAGCACCCACGUCGCAUCCAGCGCUGCGUCAACCCAAAGCCUAUUUGGCCAGCACGCCCAACUCUCUCUUGGAUGCCAACAAUCAACCUUUUGUGCCGUCGCUCUUCAAGUUCAGCAACUUUCAGCAGCCGACGCCGAUUUAUCCCCAACAGCAACCGCAGCAGCAACAAUUGGAGGGUGGCAAGCGACUAGGACCCGUUGUUUAUCCAACGGCACCACCUGCUCAGCCGCAGCCCUCGCAGUACUACUACCAGGAGACGGCACCCACGGUGGCCACCAAGCCAGCCAAACACUAUCGCACCAAGCACUACAAACUGCCCACGCCAAGUUCGACGAAAUCCUACGAGAAGGCUUUGCUCUAUGCUGACUAUGCGGAACGUGCUCAACCACCAGCUCCAGCGCCCACUGCCGCUCACUUCUAUCCCAGUCCACCGGAUCCCAUCAAGCAUCGUCCCGUGGUUGCUCCCACUUCGCUGCCCAUUGAUUAUCCUGCCCAGCCAGCUCCCUCGCAGUCCAGCAUCUAUAUCUCGCAGGGCACAGGCAUUGCCACGCCCUCUCGUGUUACGCCCACUGCGGCUGCAGGGCAUCACAAGCUGCGCACCCUGGACGAGGUCAAGCAAUUGAAUCUCCCCCCACCCAAUGGCAAACCCUUGACCCAAGCCGAGUUCCAAGCCCUCGUCGAAGCGGGUUAUCCCGUCAAAGCGGUCCCUGUUCCCGUGCCCGUGCCCUAUGAGCAGUACGUCAAGGAGCAUCCCGAGUAUCGCAAUCAUCCUCCAGUAGAUUAUGCUCACAUCAUGCGUCUGGCUUCGCGUCAACUGGCCGCCCAUCAGCAUCAACAUCAGCACCAACAUCAGCUGCCGCAUCAACGUUCGCUCGCCUCGCCCUCGGAGCCAUCGGUGAAGAUCAUCUCGUCGCCCACAGCUGCGGAGGCACAACAGACCGCUGUUGGCAUUGGCGGCGGCAGCGUCACCUACUUGCAACGCCGCCCGAGGGACGAGCAAGACACGGCUGUCGCUGGCAGCGAGACGAAGGGAACGGAACCGAAGCCCACGAAAGCGCAAUGAGUUGCAUUCCUUUAGUUAAUCUCACUCUUUGCCCUUUGCCUAGUUAUUGUAUAACAUAAGUAUUGUAAAAAUGUUUCUGUAUGUUCAGCACUUGUCUAACGUUAAAUUAUAAACUAAAUAAAACUAUUA